AAUUGUUAUCAAAUCAAGCUCUUGAACAUGCUUUCUGGGCUUUAUCAUUUGAACUUCUUCUAAACUCCAUAUCUGUAAUUGUCUUUAUCGAAGGCAAACAAACAUCUUUGCGAGUGAUACUUUAAGCACAGGUUGCGUUUGGCUUUGAUGAGACAUAGAUGAUGGAUGCCCAACAGAAGCAGCGCGUUGUUGCGCUAUUGCUCUGUGUUUUGUGUUGGGGAUUGGUGUUGUCGGCUGUAGACCGCACACGAAAAGACCGUGCCGUGGGGGCUGACAUUGUACAGGCUGUAGUCGACAUUAUCCGGGAAAACUGCAUCUAUCCCAAUGACAGGGUCUUCCUAAGACGUCUAGCCUACGUACAAUCUAAAGAUGGGAAGAACACAAACACCUUCCGACAGAAUUAUUACGGUGGGAUUUGGCAGGUGGAAAAGUCAGAAUUUGAGUCCACCAAACAUUGUUAUGGAAUAGAAGAUAUGUGCCAAGCUAUACAAGAAAAACUGAACAUAGACUGGCGAGCCGUAGCAUGGACUGACCUGACCAAACCCCUGUACUCGGGGCUAGCAGCCAGCCUCAGACUUCAACAAAUAGCAGGAAACAACACCCCGGGUGUCCUUGAAAGACAGGCAGAUUUCUGGGUGGACAACUACCAUAAAGGACAAUCGCCUCAUUACUUUAUAUCGGAAGUCAACCAGAUAGAUGAAAAUAAAAAGUGUGAAAUUGAUUUAGCCUUCAUUCUGGAUGGAUCAGGGAGCAUUUCAUUUCUGAAUUUUCUACGGAUUCUUGACUUUGUUAAAAACGUCACAAAACAGUUUGAAAUAGGUCCCGAUUCAGUUCAAGUAGCAGCCAUCUCUUUCAGUGACUCUGCACGUGUAGAAUUUGGUUUCGGAGAUUUCGAUUCUCAAGCCGCUCUUGACAUAGCUAUUGAUAGCAUACAGUACGACGCUGGAGGUACCAACACCGCACACGGAAUCCGCACUGCUAGACGAGGGGUGUUUCAGCACAACACAAGAUCAAAUGCUGUUAAAGUAGGAAUUGUCAUUACAGACGGAUAUUCAAAUUAUUAUCCCAGUACUGUUCUAGAGGCUUCGUACGCCAAGGAUGCCGGAAUAGUGCUAUUUGCGAUCGGGAUCGGAGAUGUUAAUGAGAUGGAACUCAACGAAGUUGCCAGCGAUCCGAAUUGUACUCACGUUUUCUUCCUAACGCAAUUUUCAGAAAUCGACAGCUUGGUAUCCGAGAUCAAGAAAGCUGCAUGCCGUGCUCCGAUUUCACCACCGCAAAAUACUAGCAGUAAUACAACCGAAAUAAUCAAGCAUAUCAAUGAAACCAUCAGUGUGAAAGUACCACCGCCCACCGACCCUACCGACACAAAAAUGAAUGUGUCUGUAAAUUGUGGCAUUGUCCAUAUUUACAUGUCCUAUGACAAUCCACAUCCAAGUUCAGUACUGUACAGUGACAAAGUAACAGCCACGGACGGCCACCCCGCCAUACUGUACUUCAAUCGAACAGUGGAUGGACGGCCAUUAUAUUUAACGUUUGUGGGGACUCAACUUCCGCCGGAAGCUGCUGGUCUGAAGAACUGUAGCGAUGCAGAAUAUGUGAUCGGUAUCGCAAAGGAAAACAAGACAGAUGUUGAAAUCGUCUGCCGCCAAAACAAGGUAGAGCGAGAAUGCACCAAGACAGAUUUCGAGCUGAGUGAGAAGUACAAACAUUACCUUUGUAAAACCAAUGGAGAUCUCAAUACACUCGUUGUUGCAAACCCAUGCACUGCAACCGCCAUACAGAACAACGAAAUGUACCAUCCCUAUCCAUACGACGACACGAAAUUCAUCAAGUGUGAUUACCAACAAAAGAUGUACAUAACGCAGUGCCCAAAUGGCGAAAGAUACCAUCAGGGGUCCCACUCUUGUGGAUCCACUACUACAACAAUAACAAGCGACAAGACUCCCCUUAAUCCCAACCUUUCCAAUCCCUGUACAGCGCAUGCGUUGAUGAACAACCAGUUCUUCUUCACUUACACAAAAGAUAAAACAAAGUUCAUUCAUUGUGACGUGUGGGGUCAUGCAUGGAUUUUGAACUGCCCCUCGAAUUUAGUGUGGAGCCAGCAAACUCAGACAUGCAUCGAGGACACGCAUUCCUCUUCGAAUCCGUGUACGCAGGAUAAGCUUGACCAGGGAAUCACCAUGUUCCCCCUCCAGGACCCCCACAAAUACAUUCACUGUGACAAUGGGUUGAACCCCUGGGUGCAGUCAUGUGUCGGGGGCACGGUCUUUGACUACGCCUCACAGAACUGUGUCUGGCAAUCUAAUUCAAUUUUGGGGUUAAAAUCAAACGGUGCAGAAUCAUUUUUGGUGCACACGGAGUGUCAUUGCAUUAAAACAAUGUUUCUGCUAUUGCUGUGCAUUGCUUUAUUAAACGCCUGCUACUCUGCGGUUGACCGCACGCGCGAGGACCGUGCGACGGGUGCAGAUAUUGUCCAGGCGGUAGUGGACGUCAUCAGAUCAAAUUGUAUUUAUCCAAACGAUAGGCUGUUUCUCAGAAGACUUGCCUAUGUCGAAUCUCAAGAUGGACAGGACAUCAAUACCUUUCGACCUAACUUUUAUGGUGGAAUUUGGCAGGUUACAGAAUCGGACUUUGAUUCUACAAAGAAUGAUUAUUUGCUUCGAAAGCAGUAUUCGCUUAUCCAAGAGAAGUUGAAUAUAGACUGGAGUAAUGUAUCAUGGACGGACCUCACCACACCUCUGUACUCGGGGUUGGCUGCAAGUUUGGUUUUGAAGAGGAGGUUUGGGGACGAUACGCCUGGUGUCCUUGAAAGACAGGCUGAGAUAUGGAGGACCUAUUAUCAUCCGGAGAAGACGUCAAGUCACUUCGUUACCCAGGUGCAGCAAUUACCUGUAGAUGAUUGCCAAUUCGACAUCGGGUUCAUUCUAGACGAAUCUGGAAGCAUAGGAAGAACAGACUUUCAAGUCAUGCUGGACUUUGUGAAAAACGUUACCGACAAGUAUGAGAUUGGUCCACAUGCUGUAGAAGUAGCGGUCGUGACGUUCGAUAGCUAUGCUACGGUUGAGUUUGGUUUUGGUACAUAUAGCAAUAAAGCUGACCUUCACAAUGCUAUCGACAGUGCAAGGUACAAUGGCGGCGGUACGAAUACAGCGGCGGGAAUUCGACUGGCCAGAGAGGCAGUGUUUCGCAAUGGAUCUAGACCUAGCUCAACCAAGGUUGCUCUCGUUAUCACUGAUGGGUGUUCAAACAGCGCUUUGAAUACCGCUGAAGAGGCAACGUUAGCAAAAGAAGAGGGAAUAGUGUUGUUUGCUCUUGGUGUCGGAAGUAUUUGUGGCAAUGAGUUGGAGGCAAUGGCAAGUAACCCUAACUGUACUCACGUGUUUUAUUUGACAGGAUUUUCUGACAUCGAUAGUUUGAUUUACGAAAUACAGAAGGCCGCCUGUAGAGCUCCGGUGGUUAUUGGCCCCUCCCAUCCUGUGAAUAGUAAUGGCUCAUCAACGGGAUCAUCGCCUGCGACAAAUUAUACGUCAAACACGAGUUUAAGUCCAAACAAGACUGUAACAAUACAUGCCGUCGUGUCUAAUCCUUCAACAAAUGAUACAGAUAUACACAAAGUCGUGCAAGUGAAUGUAAACUGUGGAAUUGUCCACGUAUAUAUGUCUUACGAUAACCCCCACCCAAGCGCUGCCCUGUACAGCGACAAAUUGACGGCCACGGACGGUCACCCCGCAAUCUUAUCCCUAGAGAAGACGGUGGAUGGCCGUCCACUGUACAUGAGCUUUGUGGGCACGCACCUGCCGGCGGAAGCCGCCGGCCUCAAGAACUGCAGUGAUGCCCACUUCAAUACGACAAUCAUCUCUGUCAACGAGUCAGGAAGUGAAAUUAUAUGUCGUCAAAAUGGACAUGAACGCGAAUGCACGAAAACGGAUUUCCUGCUUCACGAAAAAUACAAGCACUAUUUGUGCAGUUCUACAACAGAUGAAACAGCGAUACCAAAUCCGUGUACAGAAGAAGCAAUACGAAAUAACCAAUUGUUCUUCCCGCAUCCAUAUGAUUAUACCAAGUUUAUAAAAUGUGACUACCAUCACAAGAUGUACAUAACGCAGUGUCCGAAAGGAGAACGCUAUCAGCAGGGCUCCCAUUCUUGUGGGUCAACAACAGCAACAGUCACCGGCGAUAAAGCUCCCCUUGACCCGGAUGUGACAAACCCCUGCACUACGCAGGCCCUCGCCAGUAACGAAUAUUUCUUCGCAUACAGCAAAGAUCGUACAAAAUUCAUCCACUGUGACGUUUGGCUAAAUGCGUGGGUCACGAGCUGUCCCCCUAGCCUGGUUUGGAACCAACAAAGCCACGCCUGUAUCGCGGACCAGCAUCACGAAGCCUCGAAUCCAUGUACGCAGGAACAACUGGACAAUGGUAUCACCAUGUUUCCGCAUCCGGACCCGCACAUGUACAUUCACUGUGACAGUGGCUUGAAUCAGUGGGUGCAAUCAUGUGUCGGAGGCACUGUCUUCGAUUUUGCUUCACAAACUUGUGUCUGGGAAAAUGCGCUUUCAGGAUGACGGGAACUGUGAUUAUUUUUUUACGUCUUUAUAAAUAUUUCCUUCUUUUUUUCCAAUAACCUUUAUUGACUCUGCAUGCAAUUUGCUACUGUGUGAAAUUAUAACAUGUGCAUUAAACUCUUACUAUUUAAUCAAAUAAUUUAUUUUUCCAUACACCUUUGCAUGCGCGGAUUUAGAAGGCGAGGGGGGGGGGUCAAACCCCACCUGCAAAACUCAAAUUUCUUCAAAUUUACAUUAUAAAAUUACCAAAAAUAUGCCUCAUAUCCCUGGCAAACUCAAAUAACCUUCGGACCCCCAUGAAAAAAAUUUCUGGAUCCGCGUAUGCUUUGUUUUGACCCAAAAUUAUAGUCCUUCACAGUCACAUAUUGGCCCUUAAAUUGCCAAGUUUUUAGCCCCUUGCCAACAGUCUUUAACCGAUGACAA